UCUUACAACACAUACCAGGAAGAGACUGACUUGUUAUUUCUCCUUUCUGUCAUACUGACUUUAUCUCAACAAAAGCAUAAAAGAAUCGGCUAUUAAUGAAGAACAAAGAGAAAAACUUUCAAGAAGUUUGUUUCUGAACAGACAGCAGAUCUUUGAGGUUAUUCAUUUUUGAAACCAUCAUUCAGAAAGUGAAAGUAAAGUUUAGACUGCAGGAGCUCAAACAGUGAAAAUGGCUUCACUAUCUGAAGAUGAUCUUUCUUGUCCCGUGUGUCAUGAAAUCUUCAGUGUUCCUGUUAUUUUAUCAUGUAGUCACAGUUUCUGUAAAGAGUGUCUUCAACAGUUCUGGAGAAUCAGGGAAACUCGGGAGUGUCCUGUCUGCAGGAGAAGAUCCUCAAAAGAAGAACCUCCACCUAAUCUUGCGUUAAAGAACUUGUGUGAGUCGAUCCUGAAGGAGAGAAAUGAGAGGCGUUCAUCAGGAUCUGAGGAGAUCUGCAGUUUACACAGUGAAAAACUCAAACUCUUCUGUCUGGAGGACAAACAGCCUGUGUGUUUAGUGUGCAGAGAUUCAAAACAACACGACAAUCAUAAAUUCAGACCCAUCGGUGAAGUGGUUUCAUCAUAUAAGGAGGAUCUCAAUACAACACUGAAGUCCUUACAAGAGAAACUUAAACACAAUGAAAACAUUAAAGGAGAGUUUGAGAAAACAGUUCAACACAUCAAGUCUCAAGCUGAGCACACAGAGCGUCAGAUUAAACAGCAGUUUGAGAAGCUUCAUCAGUUUCUCAGAGAUGAAGAAGAAGCUACAAUCACUGCACUGAGGGAGGAAGAGGAGCAGAAGAAGCAGAUGAUGAAGGAGAAGCUGGAGGAGAUGAACAGACACAUCUCAGCUCUUUCACACACAAUCGAAGACAUGGAGGAGAUGAUGAAAGCCAGUGACGUCUGCUUUCUGAAGGAGUUUCCAGUCUCAAAGGAAAGAGUCCAGAGCUCACAGCCGGAUCCACAGAUGGCUUCUGGAGCUUUGAUUCAUGUGCCACGUUACUUGGGCAACCUACCGUUCAGAGUCUGGAAGAAGAUGCAGGACAUCAUCCAAAACACUCCUGUGAUUCUGGAUCCAAACACUGCGAAUCCACGUCUCGUCCUGUCUGAUGAUCUGACCAGUGUGAGAGACAGCGGAAUCGAUCAACCUCUUCCUGAUAAUCCAGAGAGAUUUGACUGUUAUCCCUGUGUUCUGGGUUCAGAGGGAUUUAACUCAGGAACACACUGCUGGGAUGUGGAGGUUAAAGAGAGUGAACGCUGGACUCUUGGAGUAACUACAGCAACAAACCAGAGGAAGGGAGGUGUUUUCUUUAGCACUGGUGAUGUCUGGAGUGUGGGGCGCAGAUGGUUUAAUCAGAAGCUUGAUCGAGUGAGAGUGAAUCUGGACUAUGACAGAGGAACGAUGUCAUUCUCUGAUCCUGUAACUAACACACAUCUACACACACUCACAACCACCUUCACUCACACACUCUUUCCAGUCUUCAAUUUUUCUGGCUCUCUGAGGAUCUUACCAGUCAAUAUAAGUAAUCAUCACUCCUUGUAGAUCUGGAUCUUCCUGCUUUCAUCAUGUUUCCAGUAUUUAAUCCAGAUCAAAUGAGGAAGAUUGCUGUCGGUCUGAAUAUCAGUACGGUGGCUGUGAUUGGUCCACAGCUGAUCACAUGACUGAUAUAUCCAGCACUACAGCAACACUCACACUCUCAUACUGACUUUAAUACAUCUUUCCUUGAACAGUUCAGUAAACAAUUAGUUUAUUUUUCCCUACAAGUGGGAAAACCAGAAGAACAAGCAUCAGGCAAUUCCUUGCAUGUUUUAAUGGCGAAAGACAAUCGGGGCAAAUGUCCAUGAAAACUGGAGUUUGUUCAGAUUUAUUCCAUGUAGGAGCUCUUUGUUUUGAAGCACAGCUUUUUUUAAGCAGAUUGUAUGACACAAACGUUGUCUGAGCCAGAGAAUGAUGAUCAAGUCCCGUUUGGAUCCACUUCUCCACAGAAAGUUUAUUCAGGUGUGUUUGUGCACUGUACACCAUGUGUGUGUGUAUGUGUGUAAUACACACAUUUAUGUGUGCAUGUGUGUAUGACUGUAUAACAUAUGCCAAAUAAAAUAUUUUGCUUUUGCAAAGUUGUACGUUUCCAUAUUGUAGGUAACAUUUAUUUUAACAUUGUGUACAGGUAAUGUUUGACCACUAUAAAUACUGUGAAUAUAGUGGUGGGACUGUGACAUCACUUUGUAGGCCAAUCAGCAGUUAGCAUCACACUGGUUCCCUCAACAAAAACCCAAUAGGAUUUUCCAAUAGGAAACAAAUAAGCUAAGAACGCCACCACAAGCUCUUAAAUACGAGUGGGAAGCUCAGGAUUUCCCUUUAAGCCCUGAACUUUAUGAGUUGGGGGCGUGUCAGUGAGAAAAGUGGCAAAAUACCAUAAUAAUUAGGGUAGGCUAUU